AUGUCGUUGAUAAAUUCAGUAAAAAAUUCUUUUACUGCUUCUGCCCUUUCAUAUUUCACAACAGGCGUGCUUGUAGGCACUUCUUGUGGAAUUGGAGCUGGAAAAGCUUUAACAGAAGAAUCUACCUCAAAAAGCGAAAAAACCAAUGUUUUGUCAGGAAAGGAGGAAGACACUAGUGAAGGCGAAGAAAGUUUUACAGAGGAGGAAGAUUCUGAAGCAGAAUUGGCCGCAAUUCUGAAAGGAAAAAGCAGCCUUGCUGCUUUGGCCUUGGCUGAGGGACAAACUAAAAUGGUGCUUGUCGUCCGCACAGAUUUGGGCAUGACGAAGGGGAAGAUAGCUGCUCAGUGUGCUCAUGCAGCCUUAGCGUGUUACAAGCUUGCAGCAGCUACAGAUCCCGAAUUAUUACAACUAUGGGAGGUAGCUGGUCAAGCCAAGAUUACAUUGCAGGGACAAUCGGAAGAACAGCUUCAAAUUCUUCAAGCUCAAGCUAUGUCUCUAGGCCUUUCUGCCAGAAUUGUUCAUGAUGCUGGACGUACUCAAAUUGCCUCUGGGUCCGCAACCGUUCUAGGAAUUGGUCCAGGUCCGGUGAGCGUAAUUAAUGAAGUUACAGGCAGUCUUAAGCUUUUCUAA